AUGGAAAAUAAAGAAAACACAAAAACAAAAUGGGUCGAUAGGAUGCAGAUCAUUGAGGCUGGAGUCAGUUGGGUAAUUCCACAAGGAUACCCUUCAUUAAUUAGUGAAAGUCUUGCUGCUUUUGGAAAAGGAAAUAAGGCUCGGGUCUUAUGGGGUUGUUGCAAGAUGGCUGUUUUGUGGGUGAUUUGGAUGAAGGGGAAUGAGAGGAUGGGGAUAGAAGAGCUGUGGGAGAGGGUGAUGUUUUUGUCGUCCCAUUGGGCUUCAGUUACAUCAGAUUUCAGGGAUCUUUUCCUUUAUAUUUUGCUAAAUUGGGAGUCAUCUAUAGGAGAAUGUGUUUUUGUAAGCCAUGUACGCUUCAGUGGCCUCCUUGUGGAGCUCAACACGAACGAUUCUUUCUUCGCUGUUCUCACUUGUGUCCUUGACCAGCACACUUCCAUUCCCAUUCUGCCCCUCGCCUGGGUCCUCCUUUUAGGGGUCGUCCUGGAGCCUGGCCUUGAUUGGGAGGAUGUGGGUUCCGGGACGGGAGGACGAUGCGGACAGGAAGCGGAGCUCCGACAGGUUGUGACGGAGACUGGAAAAUCGGGUCGGGUAGAGUGGGGCGGCGAGGCGGUAGCGGAGGAUGGAGGAAGAAAGGCGAACACUGGAAGCUAG